AAUCCCCAUAAACGCCUUGUACCACUAAUUGAAAAUAUGGCAACUUCUAAAAUUAUUUCCAGUAGUGAAGCUUCACGGUGUAUUUUAAAUCAGUAUUUUGAGAGCCGGAAUUUCAUUCAAGAAUUGUUAUAUGGACGUGACCUAGAUGUAUUGAAGAUAAUUGACACGCUGGAACGAGUGCGGAAAAAAUGGGCUGAUGAAGUUCAACAGAAUAUUAGACUGAGAGAGCAAGUAAAAGAAUUGGAAAGUGACCGAGAUUUGCAACGCCAGAAACUUUCCUCUUCCAAUGAAGAACUUCGCCAUGCACGUGCUCAACUGGCGGCACUGAUGUCAGAAAUGGACGAGCUCAAAAUUGAAUAUAGUGAAAUGGAGCGUAAAUUUGAUCUCGUUAAAGAAUUAGUUAAGCCAGAAAUUUCUCAUUUAAAUGGCGAAGCGCAGCUGAAGUACGCGUUUUUAAAUGACUAUACAGCUGGUCAAAAAGUGUCAGUUCAUUCAACACGUUUACCACCUGGGAGGAAAACGAACGGUUCUCAGGAUGAUGGCGUAGAUUAUGAUAAAACUGACGAUACUAUUGACCAGCCGUCUUAUGGAGAACCAAACGAAGAAGAUUCGUGUUUGCGAAGCGGUAAAGUUUUUCGCAGGUUUAAGGAGGUUCCUAGUAAACGGUCUAGGGGUUCACCGUACACAAACACUAACACACUGAUAACGACGACAACGACUGUUACGGUUGAUCCGAAUGGUAAUGCUCCUCCAAAAGCUAAAGUUUCAAUCAGACGUUCUUUCAAUAGGUCAAUGUCUGAAUCAAAUAUUUUACUGGAUCGGCAUCAACGGAUCGCAGAGUCAACUGCAAAGUUUAAUCCCUUGACUCCGCGCUGUGGGACUACGAGUACUGUCGACCUUCGUAGUCCACUUGUUUCGUCACGAAGCUGGGUCAGAGGGACAACAAUUGAGAAUCGAGGUCAUACUUAUAUUGGCCUCAAACUAAUCUUCAGCGAGAAAUGCGAUGUUUGUGGAUGUUGGAUACGCUGGGGAGGGAAACCAGCUUGGAAAUGCAGCGAUUGCAAUCUGCAUGUACACAAAAGCUGUGCGGGUCGAGCGCCGUUACCUUGUAUCCCUCUUACUCCGACUCCACGAGCUGCUGGAAAACAACGCCCACGUUUGAAAGACUUUUGCCCCAACUCUCAGCCAAUGAUUCCACAUUCGAUCAUUCACUGUGUGAUUGCUCUAGAACGUUACUAUCUUAAUUCAGAAGGGCUUUAUCGCAUUCCCGGCCAGGAAUCCCAAAUACUGAAGCUAUUGAAUGACUUCAAGCAUGCUCGAUAUCAGCCAAAAUUGGAAAUUCAGGACCCUGAGACUAUCACAGGAUAUAUUAAACGAUUUCUGCUACAGCUGAGAGAUUCAUUGAUACCAAGCUCAUCAUGGACGGAAUUCGUUGCUGCGGCGAAACAGGGUGAUGAAGCAUCAGUUUUUGCAGCAAUUGAUCAGUGUGUUAUGGACCUUCCGAUACCUAAUCGGGAUACUCUUGCAUAUCUUUGCUGCCACUUUCAAAAGGUUUGUGAGAACAGCAGUCGGAAUAAAAUGACACCAGAAGUGCUUGCUCGAAGUGUAGCUCCUACUAUAGUUGGUCGUGCUCCUGUUCGUACAAUGAACAUUGCCCAAAGUACUGAUGAAGCUGCAAAGCAGACACAAGUGAUGCUGGCUUUUCUUAAGAUGCCGCGUGACUACUGGUCAAAGUUUUAUUCCUCCGAUACGAUACCUCGCGGUGCUGAGUCAGUGAACAGUAGGGCAUUAGCGCCUUCUGCGAAACAACAAAUAAUGGAUGACAGGACUCCUCGAAGGCAUCUUAAGCCCAUAGACUACAGAGAUGCACGCAUAUCCCCGUCAGCUGCAGACCGCUCCAUCCUCGGUCCAAUCCGAACGCCACCUUCCGAUAGUAACAUACGUUCUGCUCAGCCGAUCUUACGCAGGGAAAACUUCUUCCGAACUCCAUAUUAA